AUGAGGGCCUUCGCUGUUGCGCGCCGAGCGCCGUCCCGCGCGGCGCUCUUCGCCGUCGGGCGGCACCAGCCGAGAGUUUCCGCCAACUGCCCUGCCGCCGCCACACCAUGGGACCGCCGCGUGCCCCCCGCGCUCUCGGCGGAUCGGAUUCUUCGCUGUGACGCGCAGUGUAGCGGCGCGGGGACGGGGAUGUGGGAGGAGCGGAGUGGGAGCAGGGCGGGCGGAGGAGGGAGCGGCGACGGCGGCAUGCGGAGGGAGUGCAAGGGGGGCGCGCGCGGCAGCGCGUGGCGAGAGGCGGUCGCACGGUGGGCGCCGGCCGGCGCUGACGCGACGCAGAUUUCGCUUCAAGCCACACAGGCGGAGAGUGAGGGGACGACAAUGUGGCGGGCGGUGGGUGGCGGCGGUUGGCGCAGUGGCGCAGAGGCGAGGCGGGGAGGUGCAGCGGAGGGGCCGUGUGCGGUAGCGGGCGUGGGCGGGCGAAGGUAUGGCGUGUCGGCAGCUGGUGGCGGUGAUGCGAUGGGGCCAGCGGGGGUGGCGAGGGACGGCGGCAUGAGGCGCGCAGGAGGGGCGCGGGGAGACGCGGCGCACGCGGACGAGCGCGGGGCGGAGGGGGAGGCGGAGUGGGGAGAGGCGUACUGGCGGAAACAGCUAGAACGGUCAGCGGCGGCAGAGAGGGGCGGCGGGAAGGGUGAGCGGAGGAGAAGGCGCAAGGCGAAGGAGGGGGAGGGGGAGGCGGUGGAGUGGUGGCCGGGGCAGCGGCAGCAGCAGCAGCAGCAGCGCGGGGCAGGGGGAGUGGAAGAGGGCGGUGGGGCGGACGGAGAGUUGGUGGCGGCGGUGGGCAUGGAGGUGGCGCAUGAGAAGGCCAUGUACCUCCCCCCCUCCGUGCGCCCUGCCCCUCCCGCCCCUCCUGCUGUGCGCCGCUGCUGCCACAUCACAUUGCUGCUGCCUCCCAUCCUGGCAGGGCCGCCCCCUCCCUGGCGGGUGGAGGAGCGCGAGGGCGUGGCGGACCUGUGGCUGACACGCGCCUUCCACGGCGAGCAGCUGCGCCUCAUGCUGUUGCUGCAGGGCCAUGAGGGGGGACUCGUGGACCAGGGGGAGGAGUGGGAGGAGGGGGGUGGGGAGGGGGGUGAUGGCAGGGCUGGUGAGGCACAUGGCAGUGGCGUUGGGGGCGGUGAGAGCGAUGCGGGCAUCCCGGCGCUCAUCCUCGUGUCCAAGCCGGUGCGCUCUGUGCAGGCAGGCGGCACGGCAGCUAGGAGCAUGGCGAUGGGCAUGGCGGGCAUGGGUGGCAGGGAGGGCCCAGUGAGGGGCAGGCCUGUGAGGCGCAUGAGGGGCGAGGGGCGAGGGCACGCUGCAGCAGCAGGAGCAGCAGCAUGUGCUGCAGGCACGGCAGCAGGGGGUGGUGAGGGGGAGGCGCGGCUGCGAGUGCACUGCACCAUUGCAGGCGACCAGUGGCUCGUGAACCAUGUGAGUGGCUCGUGA